CCUCUUUCUUUUUUACUUCGUACGAGCUGAGAAUCUUUUAGAAUUUCUGUAUUCUAAUUCUUCAAAAUGUAAAUUUACAUAUUAUUCUCUUUUCUAUCUCUCUAGACAAUUUUAUAUACCCGGAUAUAUAUAAUGUUUCUUCAGCGUAGUUCUCGCGCAAUUCGCCGGCAAUGGCAACUAUGUCGGCGUUUCAACCGUCCCGCCGAAUACCAAGUCCGCGCCGCUGUAAUAAGAGGAUUACACACAACGAGGAACUUGCGAGUAGUGAAACCAGUCUUACUUGCUGACAUCGGUGAAGGUGAAUAAUCUCCUCGUCAUCGCCAUGUCCAAUGCCUUUGUCCUUUUGCUCAAUUUCUCUAUAGGUAUCGUGGAAUGCGAAGUAAUACAAUGGUUCGUCGAGCCCGGUGCCAGAGUCGAGGAGUUCUCACCCUUGUGCGAGGUCCAGAGCGAUAAAGCUUCCGUCGAGAUCACAAGUCGAUUCUCAGGUGUAGUCAAGAGGCUGUAUUAUGAAGCUGGUGAAAUGGCAAAAGUCGGCAAGCCGUUCGUAGAUAUAGAUAUACAAGGCGGUGCGAACCAGAAAGAUUUAGACGCCCUCACAGCCCCUGAACCCGCAACAGAAGGAGCUUCAGAACCCUUAAACAAGGAGUCGUUGAGCAAACCCCCGCAAGGGCAAGGUCCAACAGGUAGAGCGACCGAAUCCUCGGCCGACGAAGCGUCGAAGUCCCAGCCACCUCCGACAAAGAAAGGAAAACAUGCUUCGUUAGCAACUCCAGCCGUCCGACACUUGUCUAAAGAGUUGAACGUAGACAUACUAGAGGUCGAUGGGACAGGGAAAGAUGGUAGAGUCCUAAAGGAAGACAUAUAUAAGUUUGUGGAGAAGAGGGAUUCGCCCACCCAACCGGCUCAACCUUCGAGUCCGUUCGCCAGUAUACCACCGGCUUCGGAUACGGAAAAGCAGACCGAGACUGCCGUCCAAUUGUCGAACACACAACAUCAAAUGUUCAAGACCAUGACACGGUCAUUGAGUAUACCGCAUUUUCUAUACACCGAUGAGGUCAACUUCUCUCAGAUGUACGAGUUGCGCCGGCGACUAAACAAGGUUGUUUCACAGUCGGCAAGGGAGGGUGAAGCAUCGAAAUUGACGUACUUGCCAUUCAUCAUAAAGGCCGUCUCAAUGGCCUUACACCAAUACCCUAUACUGAAUGCCCGUGUUGAUGUGGAUCCCGAGACCUCGAAGCCAACGCUCGUUUAUCGCAGCCAGCAUAACAUUGGCAUCGCUAUAGACACGCCCUCUGGUUUAUUGGUACCUGUAGUUAAAAAUGUGGGAGCUAGAAGCGUGCUUUCAAUUGCCGCAGAAUUGGCACGUCUGCAGUCGCUGGCUGCCGCUGGCAAGCUCUCACCCCAAGACUUCACAGGAGGCACAAUUACUGUGUCUAACAUUGGCAAUAUUGGCGGCACAUACGUGUCGCCCGUUAUUGUCGACAAGGAAGUGGCCAUUCUAGGGAUCGGCCGCAUGCGAACAGUUCCAGCUUUUGAUGAGGAUGAUAAUGUCAUCAAGAAGCACAUUUGCAAUUUCAGUUGGAGUGCUGACCAUCGCGUUGUUGACGGUGCAACCAUGGCAAGAGCCGCCGAUGUAGUGCGUAAGAUUGUUGAAGAGCCGGACGUCAUGGUCCUACACCUGAGAUGAUGAAGAAUAAUAAGCCCAGCGUAAUUCCGCCUGUUUGGUGCCCAAAGACGGACGGAUUGGUCGCGCCGUGCCGCACCGCAUUACCAUAAUCUGGGUCGAGAGGUUGAGAAGGACGGAUAAGGAACGCCACCUGCGUAGUGCGUUGCCCAGGUUGCCAGCAAUUGGCGUGCAGAGGGAUUCAAGGGUAUGAUCUGAUUCGGGUUCGAAGUUGAUAUGUCAUAUGCAGGCGGGAAAACAAGCGAGCAGGUAGCAGUUAAACCCGGAGUACAUACGUACACCUAUACAUACCGACCUACAUAUGUAUCUACCUACCUACAUUACCUACCAAUGUAGGUAUCUAGUCGCAUGGGCAUGGAUGACAUAGCCCGCAUAGCAUAGCAUAGCAUAUAUCCGCAAAACUGGACCUUAGGACCGGAUUGUCUGGAUCGAAAAAAAAAAAACCCUUGUACUCGACA